UAAAUAUUAAAUUGUAAAUAAUAAUACAUACAAUUUAAAAUACAAGCAAAAUUUUUUUAAUUUAAUACUUAAAAUGGUCUUUUUAAAUAACAAAUCAUUCCAGGUAUAUAGUAAUUAGUAGGUACUAUAUUAUACAUAGUCAUAUAAAGCAAGGUUCAAAGUAUUGUUCAAUAUUCUAUGAUCUAUCUAAGAUUCUAAGGUACUGUUUAAAGCCAAAAUGAAUAUAUCAACUGAAAUUGAACUGGGACUGAAACGAUUGUGCAACCCAGCACUGAUCAACGACCAAUGUUUUCAAACAUUACUACAAAAGGCUGAAAAGAUACUGGGAACAUUAUUGAGUGAUACAUCGGAACAAACAUUACCCGAUGAGUCUACCAUAAAUAUAACAUCUAAACAAGAUAUUGCUAAAGAAGCGUAUGCUUCAUUAGUAGUUCUGUUUACAAUUGCUAAUAGACAUUGUUUAGAUGGAAAAUCAUUGAACCAAAACUUACAAACACUAGUUUUGGCUAAUACUGAUCGUUUAACAGAGAUCAUUAAAACCUAUGAAUCUGUUAGACCACGUCUAAUGGAAGUUUCCAAAAUGACCACUACAUCGUUGGCUAAUGUGGUCGAUGUUGAAUGCCGCCUCAACUACUAUGUACAAUCUAGUGUUUUUGAUGACGUAUCUGAAUUCUUAUACAAUGUGCGGCUGAAGACAAUAGACAAUGGCACGAUCAAAUACAUUGAUUUUGUCUGUAAUACACAGGAACUUCAAGAAUUAGUAUUUAAGUUAAAGGACGCAGUUCGGCAUUUAGAAAAAAUUGCUUCAGCCAAUUAAGAUUCAUAAAAUAUUGUAUCAUAUUCAAUCAAUAGUCUAUACUAUGUAUUUACUCAUUCCUAAUUUUUCUUAUUACAUAAUAUAUUCUAUUACAGUCUUAAUAUAUUAUAUAAAUAUUUUUUUUUAAUUUCUGUAAGACAAUAAAUUAAAUUACAUGGAAAAAACAAUUCAAUUUUAACAAGGAUAAACGUAAAAAAAAAAACAGAAUAUUUAACAUAAAAUAAAACUAAACAAAAAUAAAGUAUAAAUUGUAAGAAUGUAUGAAUAAAUUAUUUAGUUAAUAA